CUCCGGUAGCGCCGCAGCGGGGGGCUCUGAUGCUCGGUCCGCUUGUCUGGAUGCUCGAAAGAAGACCAUGCCGCAGCCAAAAUCCCGGAAAAUCGCCGUGUUGGGUUACAGAUCGGUGGGGAAGUCUUCGCUCACCAUCCAGUUCGUGGAGGGACAGUUUGUCGACUCCUACGAUCCCACCAUAGAGAACACGUUUACCAAGAUGAUGACAGUGAACGGUCAGGAGUACAACCUGCAGCUGGUCGACACCGCCGGUCAGGAUGAAUACUCCAUCUUCCCUCAGAGCUACACCAUCGAUGUCGACGGUUACAUCCUCAUCUACUCCGUAACGUCCUACAAAAGUUUUGAAGUGGUCAGAGUUAUCCACGAGAAGCUGCUGGACAUGGUGGGAAACGUCCAGUACGUACACACAUCACAUACAUGCACACACACACACACACACACACACAUCACGUACAUGCACACACACACACACACAUCACGUACAUCACAUACAGACGGUGUAGUCCCUCAUUCGUCCAGGAGUGUUUCAGUCGUAGUUAAAAGAGCGAAGAAACGGGACAAAAGGGAAACAGAACCAAGAAGGAACGGUGUCUCCAUCCCUUAUGUAUCUGGACUGUCUGAAAAACUACAAAGGAUCUUUAGACAGCACGAUGUUCCUGUUUUCUUUAAACCA